AUGUUUGGUCGAAAAACUCUUUCGAUAUACGAUUUUCUGCAUACCAACUACCUCCUGUACGGUGCAUGCCAGAACUGCGUAUUUUCCAUGUUCCCCCAAUCGCUCGCCGUCACCGAGAUUGCCAUCAAACUUUUAGCCAUCUAUAAUGAAUCUCUUGAACUGUACCACACCGAGCACGGGACAAGGCUUUGA